AUGAAGGAAUACGAGGCGUUCGGUGACGCAGAAAAGGCUUUGUCCUCACCCUCGUCCACACCUUCUACACGACCUCUCGAAGAUGCGCCCCCACAAGUCACGCCCUCCGCGACGGCCGCAGUCGGCAGCAGCAGCAAAGCAGUCUCAGGGACGGCGGCUGCCCCGGCUCCGCGCUUCACGUCAUUGACGGGUUGGAUAUCGCACGCUUCACGACACGAACCACCACGAAUCACGAUCACUGAUCAAGAGUGGGAGCGGAGGUGUGUGUGGAGAAUAUAUGUCUUGUGUAUGGUCAUGUCUCUACGGGGCCAUGGGUCGCGUGAACGCAGCUGACGGCGCGUGACCUUUCUCGGAAUUCCAACCCUCGGGCCGGACGUCCGAUUUGGUCCGCCUCCGUUCUCUCCGUCGUUGGAGCCUUAAAAACAUCGCAGAACCGAAAAUCCUCGCAACUGGACCCAAUCUAGAAGGGUCAAAAACACCGUCAUCAUCUCCCUCACCGGAUUCCUCACCACCCUCGCCUCCUCGAUCCUCGUCGCCUCCUCCUCGAUUCUCCGCGAGCAAUUCGGCAAGUCCCGCGAGGUCGUCACUCUGACCACAUCCAUAUACGUCGCCGGACUGGGAUGCGGUCCUUUCCUCUUUGCGCCUAUUUCCGAAUUAUACGGUCGACAAAUCGCGUACAGCUCGUCCAUGAUCUUGUUCACGAUCCUCAACCUCGUCCUUUGUUUCGCACCAAGCUUUUCGUCGAUCCUCGUGUUGAGGCUCCUGACUGGCAUCUUUGGAUCGUCCGGUCCUUCGUUGGGUGUGGCGACACUGUCGGAUCUGUUUGCGCCUAAAGAAAGGGGGAAGCCACUGUCUUAGUCAGUACUGCAUCCUGUUGUCUAGCUUCGUUUCGGUGAUAUUGACGGCCGAAGAUUCUGACCUUCUCCACAGCUACGCUCUCGGACCCAUGGCCGGUCCGACUUUGGGAGGGGUGAUGGGCAGUUACUUGGCUCUCGUCGAUGCAAGUCCAAUGUUUCCGGAGCUCGUAGGAUGAACGCCGAAGCUUACACACAUUUGUUCGCCGGGACAGUGGAGGUGGUGCUUCCGCUUGCUCGCCAUUCUCGUCGGACUCAACACACUCGCCAUCAUCUUCUUGAUGGACGAGACCUAUGCGCCGUAAGCUCAACUUUGUCCUGAAUUGCAUCCAUACUCCAUCGCGCGCAUCUAAUCCAGUCCGUCCCUCUUUCGCCUGUUUUUGCCCCCGCUACUAGCGUGCUUCGCAAAACCCUCGAAGAAGAAGAUGGUGUCGCUAUCUCCCGACCCGCUCGUCUAAGACAAUUAUUCCGACCCAAACCCGAAGCCAAAGCCAUCAUGAUCCGCACCUUCACUCGCCCCCCACGGAUGCUCGUCAAUCCAGCCUGCGGCCUCUUCGUCGUCUACUACGCUUACGUCUACUCCAUCAUUUACGUCUUCCUCGUUUCCCUGCCUCUGCUUUACUCCCGCCAUAACCCACCCGACGCUUUGUUCACGUACAAUUGGAAGCCGACGAUCACUGGGUUGAGUUAUCUCGGGCUGGGAUGUGGGUUCUUCUCAUCGGCCUUCACAGCAGCAAGUUUGCAAGAUCGGAUUUACGGCUAUUGUUCGAGACGGUACAAGAAUGAUGGACAGCCCGAGUAUAGGCUUUGUAUUACGCAGGUGAGUGACGAUUGAUACGUUUGCAUUCAGAGCUGACCUUGUAAAAAAAAUUGAUCAAAGUUUGGCAUGAUCAUCUUCCCGAUCGGACUGCUGAUUUGGGGAUGGACCGCUCAAGCCCAAACGCAUUGGAUGGGGCCCAUUACUGGUAGUUUCAUCCUCGCUUAUGGAUUGAUGUUGUGCUUCAAGUAGGUCUUCCCGAUCUCUACCUCGAGGGAGGGUGUUCAUAUGCUGAUGCCGCCGGAUUUUUACGGUCAACCGCAGCUCGAUCCAAAAUUGGAUCGUCGAUGCUUUCGUGAGUACAGCGUCAUUCACCUGCGUUGCUUUAAGGUCACCAAUGACUGAUGUGCGUCUCGAUCCUCCGUAUCACAGUUAUUACGACAAGGACUAA